UCCUGAAGAAAGUAAAGGCUUUGCCAGGUGCCUGUCUGGAUUAGUUCCCUUAGAGAAAGACUCAGCAAAAAGACACAUUUUACCCAGUGGUCACUUUUGUGUUCCAUGCUGGGGAUUUUCUGGAUCUCAGGUACACAGAAAGCUUUUUUCUAGAACUGUGGAACUUUUCUUCUGCUAUCAGUCUGAAGAGUGAACGACUGAGUUUCCAGAGUACCAAGGCUGAUGAACUCUGAGACAGACCAUCGGAUACAAUGCCUCCAGCAGAUCCAUAAGGUAUUUGGUAAGGCCAAUGAAAUCCUUGCAGGCAUAAGCCGUCCGUCUGUGUGCAGUGAGGUGCUGCUAUCCAAACCAGGGACUGCAUAUAUCUUGGGCUUGUCUGAGGUGUACCGGGUGUCUAAACGCUUGGAAGAUGGGGUAAGAGCUCAGCAGUUAGCAAAUGAAAUGCUGCAACAUACUUUGCGAGAAGUGGACUUAGCCUGGAAUAAUUUACUGUCCUUUCUCGUCUUUGGUCAUCCCAUGCUGCAAAUGCUGCUUUUGGAAGCACCAGGAGGAAGUGAUACGCAUCGGUCUGGUCCUAACCCGACACCUGGUCGUGUCUGUGAGGUUUGCCUAACAGAGGUGAAGCAGGAGUCAGAGCAGGUGCCGACUGGCAACUCUGAUCCUGUUAUAUACGAGGGUAGCUAUUAUCACGCCAGCUGUGCCAAUUUCUGGCUGAAUUGUGUGGAUUCCACCCUGCCAAAAGAGAAGUGACCCCUGGAAGCUUGUCUCACAAGAUCCUCAGUUGAAGGAAAACAGACUUUGUAAUGGCUGAGAAAGUCCCUGUGGGAUCUCAAGGCCUUUGUGAAAAGCUGAACCAAAUUACUAGGAAAUCCACUUUGCAUUGUUUGUGUUUAACAAGAUAACCUUUUUUGUAAAGACAAGUUAAAAGGUACUUAAUAAAGCAGAUUUUUUAAUCUACAGAAAGCAUUUCUAUUUCUUUGCAAAAGCAUGAGUAGCCUUACUAGAAGGCAAGGGGAAGAAUCCACUUCAAAUGGCAGAUACGAGUGACAGCUAAAACCGAUCUGAAUCCUGGGGCCCAAUCCAAAUCCACAGUGGGUACUC